UUUUUUUUAUUUUUUUUUUAUUUUAUUUCAGGUUAUUGGUAUGAUAGCUGAUCAUGUGACUGAACGCACAUCAACGGAACCCAGUACUGUCAGUAACGAUACCAGCAACAAUACCGACUCUAGUAGUUUCCUGCAACCACCACCAUCAUUGCAAACCUUAACCAGGUCUCAGUCUUUUGCCCAUCUUUCACCUGACACAGCUUUUAUCAUACAUGCAAAUGAAACCUCUGACUAUAUCGAUAUUACUCCCAUCUCAACGAAUAACCCAUCUUCAACAACUCUUCGUCCAUGUAGAUCCGCUCAACCAAGUACGAAGCGCCCAUCCAUUGUUUCACGACUGUUUCGAAGCCAGAGUGCCACCAUUUUACCACAUGAUUCUAAUGACGGUAUGUCGUCUUAUAACAGCAAUACCAACAACGAUGGCAAUAGUCUUUACCGCAAUCCUACUUUGAAUCCAACCAGUUACCCUAACCGGAUAGUACCUCUUGAAGAAUCUGACAUUGUCCAACAAAGUAAUCAUGAGAUAUCGAGUCGAAGCAUUAGGGUGCCUGGUCGUUCAGAAUCAGUUAGUGGCAACAGUAACAGUAGCAGCAUCCUCAGUAGGCCAACAUCAAGGUUUUCCUUUGUCACUCGACAUAGUAGUAACUUGCGACCAAUGUUAUCACGACCACCAACAUACAAACGAUAUGAUAAUCCGGAACAAGAAGAACAACAGGCAAGAGAUAUGGAAGCACUUCGACGAUUGGAACAUUUGUACAACCAAGAACAAAACAAUGGCAUUCUGCAUCAACUCUUUUCAUCGGAAGGAGAUUCAUUCGCCAGUGUCAAAAGUAUGUUUGUAUCCUUUAUUACAAGUCAGUUUACUGGAUUCUAUAUGGCAUUUUGGGUCAUUGUUCUAGUGUUUGUGGGUGCGGUGUCUGUGUUUGUACCUGGUCUUCCUCCUGUUGCCAAGUUACUCUGGUUACCCUUGGGUUUAUAUUGUCUAGGUGUUUUUUUCUUUUUUAGUUAUCAUCAGCGACAUGCACGUGAAGUAUUCCAAUUGGAACGACAAGUCAGUCGAGCAAGACGUCGAAGGUUAAAUGAAUUAUUACGCAAUAUGGAAUUACCAAACGAUCAUUACUUUGUAAUUGAACAACGAGCUUCCUCUGGCCAUCCUGUUAUGACAUUAUUACCGCCACCUCCAAACUAUGGUUCUACAGUACGAACAACAGAUCAAAUCGAAUCAUGUAACAUUCCUAUGGUUCAAAUACCAUCACAACAAGAAACUGUACAAGAAGAAAAUGAUGAUGAUUGGCAAAUAUCCCAGGCGGAAGAAACCAUGGAUUUAGAAACAUCAAGAGAAGUAGUGUAUAAUAGAUAAAAAUGUCAUUUAGAUUUUUUUAAAUAAAGUUUUGACGGAUGACUGAAAAAGUG